CUAUUUUACAGGGUCGUACUUUACUCUCAUGAUCGGAGGAGCCCUCACAUCGACCGCCAUCUUCUUUUUGUUGUGUGUGAGCAGUCCCCGAGUCCGUGUGUCUCUCACCGAGUGGAGACAGAGAACACAGAGGGGUCACCGCGAGGUCAGCACUGACUCUGUGGACAACUACAUCAAAGGGAAAUAUCGUGUAGCUUCGACUUGCAGAGAGCCAGUGCCGCCGAGUUUCGAUCUGCCUCCUGACCCAACAAGGACGAGAUUUAACUGCUCCAGCUCUUUCCUGGAGCCGACAGACGACCAGACACGUCACAGCGUCAGAGAACAAAUCCAUAUUUGGUGUGAUGACGUCACCGGCCAGCCACGAGACGAGACUGAAACUGUGUCGUUCCUGGCACCGCUACAGCGUGCUGACCAUCCUGAAGCCCUGCCUGGUUCUCCUGCACGGUGACGUCAUCCCCCGGGGCCUCAACUGGUUCACCGUGUUGCCAAGGGCAACAAGGAUGGUGUUCGUGCCUCGAACCCCACUCACUCGCAUCAAUGGGCGCGCCAUCAAACACAUUCAGUCGUCAGCGGACAUCACAAGGAUUGAUGUGUUAUUAG